AUGCCUCGAACAAGUAGUCGAAAAAGGAAUAACCAUCGAAAUGCUAUUGCUACUGCAUUGAGAUUGCCUACUGAUUCCAAUUUAUCAGCAAAUGCUCCAGAGUUCAUUCCACUAAGUCAACAUAAUAUAGGUACACUUAAUAAUAACAUUACAAUAUUACUUAGUUUAUAACUAUUAUACAUGUGAUAGAACAAAUAGCUGAAGAUAUGUAAAUCAUAUUUUCAAAACAAUGUUUUUAAGAAUUCUUCUUUCUCAUAUGGUUAACUAAAAUAACCUAUUUUAGAUUCUGAGCAGAGCGAGGAUUGUAUUUGUUUUACAGUGGUGUUUAUUUAUUAUUAUUUUUUUCUCUGAACAACUUUUUUAACAAUAAUUUUACUCCGCUUUUCAAGUGUAUCUAACACAUUUUUUGAAAGAAAAUUUGACGGGAUGACACUAUAGGAAAGUCAAUUUUUGAUUCUCCCAAAAUUUUUUAUAAUGGGAAAAACGGCAAAAUUUAUGAAAUGUAUUAUUUUUAAAUCAUAAGUAUUACGACCUUUUAAAACAUGUAUAACCAAAUUCCGCUCAUAAUCGUUUGUUUUUGGGCAAUGAUUAAUCUUUACAUUGAAAUAUACAUUAAAUGUCCCCUCUACCUCUUUAAUUUCUCACCUACAACAGUGGCCCAUCCAUCGUGCAAAGUAUGUCCAUUUGUUUUUUGUAUUUAUUUAGAUAAAAAUGUAGGUAAAAUUUUCUAUACUAAUCCUAAAGUAGAUUAUUUUAAUACCUAUUUAAAAAAUAGAUUUUUGACAUUAAAAUUUCAAAACAAUAUUUUCAAUAAUAAAACGUGUUCUGUAUCUUGGCUUAUUAACUGGUACCUUUGACAAAUUCUAAAUGAUUACAAUUACCAUUUUAAUGCAUUUCUGUCAUUGUUUUUCCUUUCAAUUUUGUAAUAUUUAGGAAAUCUUAAUAUUCAUGGUGAUUUAAGCGUGCUCCAUUCUUUUGGUUCAAUUUUUCACAUAUUCAAAUUAUGAUUUUUGGAAUUUUUAACUGUAGUUAAAGCCGAUAUUUUCGAAUACUUAUAUUUUUCACAUCAUUUAAAGAAUAUCCUGUGGUAAUACCAACUAAAGUUUUUAAAUGAGAAACUAUAUUAAAAAAUUCAUAAACAGACAAAGUAUUAUUUAAGAUUUUUUUUUGGUGUCAACAUUAUUUAUUUUUGUUUACCUGUUAACGAGAUAUUCCAAUUUUAAGUUUAGCUGUUAGGAGAGUAGUGGAUUAUUAUUUGUGUGUCAGCACGGCACAUGGCAUUUUAUUAGUGCUCCAUUACUCCCCCUACCUAAAUUUAAAAGUGGAAUAUCUCAUUAAUGGGUAGAUGGAUAUGAACAAUUUUGAUACUAAAAUUUAUCUUAAUUAAUACUCUGUCUAUUUAUGGAUUUUUGUAUAUAGGUUCUCAUUUGAAAAACCAAAGUGGGUAUAUCACCACAGGAAAUUCCUUAAAUGUUGUGAAAAAUCUAAGUAUUCAAAAAUAUUGGCUUUAAUUAACUAUACUUAAAAAUGUAUAAUAUAAAUAUAUGCAAUAUUUAACCAAUAAAAUGUGGUGUGCACGCUUAGUAAAUCACCCUGUAUUAAAUAAAUAAAAUAAAGCUACUGUAAAGUAAGGUAGGUUCUAUUUGUUUUCAAUUAUUAUUUUAAGUAAUCUAUAAAUGUCUAUAAAAUUGUUUUACCAGUUUCAUUCAUAAUUAAAAUUAAAAUAUAUCUAGAUAUAAUAUAGUCUUAAAAUUCUUUAUUCAAUUUUUGAAUUAAUUAGAAUAUUUGUUGAGGUUUAACUAAUAACAUUUUACUACCAAAAUCUCUUGGUACAAUAUGGUGCUGAAAUCACAUAAAUCUAAUCCUAUCUAUUGACUUAAAAUUUCAACUAAAAAUAAAUAUUUCAAAUGAGAACUUUUGAUUAUUUUCAUAGUUCCUCUAAAAUGUAUCUAUAAAACAGUAUAAAUUAGAAACGUGUUACCUAUUAUUUAAAUGUUCUCAUAGUUACUAAUGUAUUAUCUAUUGUUUGAUUUAAACAUUUCAAUUAAUUUAAUUUUAUAAAUUUUUGUAGUCAAUAAUGAUAAUAUUGCAAAUCAAAGGGACAAUUCAGCAAUUCAACCAAUGGCAUUGGAUGGAUGUUCCAGUGAGCCUAAUAGUAGUGGGUCAGUUAUAAUUUACAUACAAUUUUAACUAAAAAUUUUUUUCAUCAUUAAUAUAUUAUGUUAUUUGUUUUAGGAAUGAUAAUAACUCUGAAGCUACUAAAAGCAUUUGUUCUUUACCAAAUGCCAACGCAAAUAAAGGGCAACGAGAUUUACUUAUUAACCUUUUAAAUACCUCUAAAGUCGACUGUGUAAUAUGUUAUGAGCUAACUAAAAAUGUUGAACCGAUUUGGAACUGUCGUAAUUGUUUUCAAAUUAUGCAUUUAAAAUGUGUGAUGGUGUGGUUCAUCAAAUCUCACCGCCGUAAGUAGUUUAUUUUUCACUUAAAUAAUUUAAAUUACAACUUAAAGUAAAGUAAUAAAACUGAUUAAUCAGUGAUGUCUAAAAUAAAAAUUAUGAAAUAUACUUUAAAUAUUAUUAAAUGUGUAACUGUACCAUUCUCUGAGAGAAUAAAUCUGCUAGUACAUAUUGCUUCCCUCUAUAAUAGGAUCAGUGAAUAUCUGUGUCUACUGGUAGUUUUUUUCUAUUUUUAAGGGUUUUAUGUUUGGGAGUAUUGAGAAUCGUUGGCAGGCAGGUGGUAUUUAAUCAAUCAUAUUUUAGAAAUUAAUUUUCAUUUGUUCAUCCAUGGUACGGUAUUCCACAAUAAUUCUGUUGAAAUAAAAUACGUGGUACUAUAAAAUAAGCAUAAUAAACUGUAUCUCACUUAAUACAAUCUUGAAACUUCUUUAUUCUUGGGUAUCCUGUCUGGUAUUCCCUUAAAGGUUUUUACAUAGGAAAGUGCUCAUAAUUUUAAAACAUUGAAGGGAUUUCGAUUUAUCUAUUAUCAACAGUUUCAAAUUGUCCAUUCCAGUUCAAUUUGAGAAAACUAAACCAGUUUAAGGUUCUUAUUUAUUAUAAUUGACAUGAAAUUUUUCGUCUUUCAACAUUAGCUACUUGUCUUGCAUUAAUUUUUAGAAAUAAGCCAAACUUAUUGACUUUGUACGUGCCCUCAGAUGACUAGUUUUUCAAUAGAUAUGGUAAAAUUGUAUCUUUCCACAAUGCAAUACUGUUAUUUUCUACACCUUCAACUUUAUCACAAAUUGUAAGGUAGACAAAUAUGUGCCUUUUUCUAAAUCGAUUAAGACUACCAUCAGAGUCAUAAUGUUCAAAUUUAUUAUGCUAUCAAUUAGCUUUUUCUGUUAAAACAGUCUUUCAUUUACAACCAAAUUUAAUGUGCUAGUCUAUUGAAACCACUUUUUUAAAAUAUUUUCUAUUACAUGGAGUGUUAAUAGUUUAUAUUCAAUAUACCAAUUUAUACGUACAUCAUACUAUCAAAUACUGUUUGUUUAUUAUCAAUUGAUAAACCUUUCCUCUUUAGUAGCUGUACUUGUAUAAACUAUAUGAAACCAUACAAAUUUCCGUGAUGUAUAUCACCUUCUCCACAUUCAAUGCUCACACAAAUGACUAAUAUAAACAAUUUCAUGAUGUUAAAAACUACUACAUUAUCAAUCAAUAAUUAAUAAUUAUAGCAACAUUCCAAAUUUCAAAUUCCAACAUUUUCAUCAUUGGUGUGACAGUACAGCGCGCAGCAUCUUAACAAUGCACCACUACUCUCCAACCUAAAAUUAAAAGUGGAAUAUCUCAUCAACAGCCUGACAAAAAUCAAAAUUUUAACACUUACAUUUAUUUAACUAAUGCUCCAUCUAUUAAUGGUAUUUUUAAUAUAGGUUGCCAUUUGCAAAUCAAAAUUAGGUAGUAGUUUUACCUCAAAAAAUAAGGGUGACAAAAAAUAACAUAAAUAUAAAAUUGUAGAGCUGCUUAUUUCUUAAAUAUUUUAGAAAACAAAUUCUGAAAACAGUUACUACUUUUCAAGAUCAUGAGUGUACCCACUUAAUUGGAUUACCUGAUAUUAGAUUAGUUAAUUUAGCUAAACAACAAGCAUUUUGAUGUAGCUUUUGUAUUACAAACUACUAAAUGGUAACAUAAACUGGCCUACCUUUUUUCCUCAAAUUUGGUUUCAUAUUCCUUCAACUAAUAAGAAUUACAUUAACAACUCAAUAUUUUGCUUGUCCAAGUCGUGUAAUGUAAGAAUACCGGAUUUAUUCAUUAUAAAUACAGAACAUUUUAAAUUACUUAAAAAUUACCUAUAUCCCAACAAACCAUGUGGUGGGAGGAGAGGUGGGAUGGUUAGAACAUAGCCCACAAAAUUAGUUAUCUGAUCAAAAUCGAAAGUUUUCCUUUAUGGUAAUUUUUGUGCGAAAAAUUAUGUUAAAAUCAAAACUGACAUAUUAAUAUUUUAAUGUUCAUUGUUCAUAAAUUUAAUUUGUUUACACUUCUACAGUGAUACAUACUACCCAAUCUCAUGAUAUCAUGCGUCUACUGUUGGGGCCUAGGCAUGCUAACUGCAAGUUGAAAAAAGUAAAGCUCUAAUCUCCUUAGUAAUUAUAACAAUCAAUCUUAAUUUAUUUCAUCAAAAUAUAUUUUGCAAUUAUUUGUCAACUAUUUGACAUAACUAUAGAUAUUAUUGAUAAAACAAAUUUGAAUUAUAUAAUUUAAGAAAUAAGGUGAAUUAAAAGACGUAUGGAAUGGGGAAUUAGAAAUAUGGAAAGAAAUUGUUAUUUAGAAUAUUUGGUCAGGACAUCAGGACACUUGUCGGUGUCAAUUUUACAAGGCAAUUCCGUAUAAUAUACGGGACAUAAGAGACCCUUAUUAUAAUAACUUGGAGAAUUUCAAUUUCAAUAAUGGAUAAAUUUAAAAAAUUAAAAAUGCUUAUGUUAUCUUCAUGAAAAUGUGUAUGGUUAUAUUAUGUUAUUAAUAUUUAAACUUUAAUUAUAGUAAUCUUCCCCCUUUCGAGUAUUAAAUAAUUAAAUAAAUAAAUAAAUAAUAUGAAUUAUCUGAUAAUUUUAUUGUAAUGUGUUAUAAUCACACUAAGUAAAAUUAUCAAAUAAAAGAUAAAAUAUGGGUGAAAAGUUUCCGUGGCAAAUAUAUUGCCAUUUUUUCUUUCUAUAAAAUCAUUUAAUACAUAUUUUAGAUUAUGAUCUUAAGGAUGGAUCAAAUAUUAAAAUAUGUAUAAUAGAUUUCAAAAAAAAAAAACUCAAUUUUUGAAUUCUAAAAUUAGAAUUUUCAGAACAUGAAUUCUAAAAUCUGGAUUUUUAUACUUCAAAAUUUGAAAUCCGGAUUUAAGUCACAUUACUAACAAGAACUAGGGACUGGAAAAAAUCCAUGUAUUUAGUGUCUUAAAUAAGCGUCUUAAUAAUGAUUUUCUGUUUACUAAUUAAUUUUAAUAUUUACUUCCUUUUUUAAUAUCUAUAUAUUUUUUUUUAAAUAUCAAUAACAAAAUAUAUUAAAUGAGUCAUUUUGGCUCAGCACUAAUAUAAUUAUAAUUUACCUAUUAGCUAAUUAUUUAUACAAAUUUUAGUUUUUUAUAUUAUCUUUAUUUAACCAAUAUAUUCAAAUGAUAUAAAUAUAUUUUUAAUUUUAUAGUCUUAUUAAAGUAUAGUUAAAUUACUUUAUUCUUUUUUGUUUUAGAUGCUUCCUGGAGGUGUCCAGCAUGUCAAAAUGAAGUAUUUGGAAAACCAAAUUAUUUAUGUUUUUGUGGUUCUUUACCAAAUCCUUUUGCUAACAAUGUGGAUACUCCACAUUCCUGUGGUCAAGUAUGUGGACUGCAAAAAAAAAAUGCUUAUGAAGAAUACGAUGAUUGUCAUCAUAAGUGUACAUUGUUAUGUCAUCCUGGCCCCUGUCCUAGAUGUGUUGUACAAGUUCUGAGGUUGUUAUUUUAUUAUAUUUUAUAUUUUAAUUUUAAUACAAAUUAUAUGUUUUUAGAAAAUGUGGGUGUGGAAAAACUCAAUCUUAUGCUCAAUGUGGACAGUCAUCUCCAAUUCUGUGCAAAAAUAAAUGCUUUAAAACAUUAAAAUGCAACAAUCAUGUGUGCCAAAAACAAUGUCAUAGUGAUGAAUGUGGGCCAUGCGAUAAACACUGUCAACAAGGUAUGUAUCUUUGAUAAUGAAGAAUAUAUUAUGACAAAUUUUAAUUAGUAAAAAAUAAUGUACUAGUUUUUUUUUAAAAAAAACUUAACAAUACUAUUAAAAUUUAAUCUUUAUAAAAUAUGCUAUUAAAUUAAAAAUCUAUAUCAAUUCAUUAUUAAAUAUAAAAUUAUAAAUAUUUGAAUGGAGUUUCCUCUACAGUAGUUCUAAUUGGUAAUGGUUUGAACUGAUUGUUUAAUAUUUAUAUAUUUAUUUAUUACCUAUAAUUUAAAAAUCAAUACGUUUUUAAGACAUUGAUUUUUAACUUAUUAAUGUAACAAGCCAUGUUCAAUAUAUUCAUUGAUUCAUUUAGAGAUACUUUUUACAAAAAUUAAAAAAAAAAAUCAAGUAAUUAAAUUUAAUCUGACAAUUUUUACUGUCAUACAAAAGUCCUAUUCUUUAUUUUUUAAAGAUAAUUGAUAAUGUUGGCCGUAACUGCGGCUAAUAUGGUUCAUUCUGAAGUUCCAAUUUUUGAUAAUGCAUUUUAGCAUUUUGAGUGGUAUUCCAAUUUGUUUUCAAUUUAUCUAUCGUAGUUUGCUUAUUCAUAUAGACAUGAAGAAAUUUGCUGUUCCAAAGGAAAAGGUUUAGAGGCAUGAUAUCACAUGAUCUAGGCGGCCAAUUCAAUAGACCAAAGCGCGAAAUUAAUUGUUUACUAAUUUGUUCUCAUAAUAAAAACAUGGUUUCACAGGCUGUGAGACAAGUAGUGCCAUAGCCAUAAGCUUGUGGUCUUGUGGGAACCAAAUCUCUUUGAGAGCACAAUAUCAGGUAGCUAAUAGUCACUUAUCAUGACACAGUAAUGAACACCAUUUACACAUAUGUUCAGACUGGCCUCAUUUUUUAAUAAAUAUGGACUGAUGAUCAUCUAUAAAUCACUCAAAAUUGUAGUUUUGUCUUGAAAUGUAGUGGUAGCUCUUAAACCUUCUUCAGGUUGGUUGCUCUUUGGCCCAAAUAUGGUGAUUUUGCUUAUUAACGUAGUCAUUAAGUCAAAAAUGGGCCUCAACAUUGAACAACUUUUUUGACAACAACGGUGGAUCUUCUUUAGUUAAGCCAAGCUAUACUAUUGAGAACACUAUUGCUACUGUGUAUUUAUUUCUCUACAUAAUUUAGUUAUGUCCCUUAUUGUUCAAUAAUGUGAGUUUUACAUUUUUUGAUGGUAAAGUGAAUUGUGCGUGCAGUCGAUAACACAAGACACAUUCCUUGAAGAAUGCUGAUUUUAAUAAUAUAGCUAAACAAUUUGUAGCCUCUGCCGAGCUGUUUUUCCAUAAUGAAAUGUCUGAACAAAGUAUUGAACAAAAAUACUAUAAUGAUUUGCACAAUUUAUGUGUUUUCUUUUAUAAAAUCCCAACAUAAAAAUAGUACCUCUAAAUGAAUCUCAUAUUAUUUUAUAAUUUUUAGAUUCUGUGGCUAUUGAGCAAUAUUUUGAUUUUAUUAUAAUGUGUUUUUUUUUCCAAUCAUCAACUUUAGGGAGUGUUUCUGAUAGUUAUGUCUUUGAGAUGAGAAAAAAAAAUUAUGUAAUAUUGGUUUCUGUUAGGUUUUUUUUUUUUGUAAUUCAGUUAAUAAUCAAAUCUGAAAUUUAAUAACCUAAUGAAUGUUUUUUAUUUUUCAUUCAGAAAAGAACCAUUUAUUUAAAUGUCUUACAUUUGUAAAUUCUAAUUUAUACAAAAUUACUAAUAUUAAAUACAUUUUGUGCAGAUAAUUUUCUUUAGGCUUUUAUACUGUUGCAAUAUUUUCAAUUUUUAAUCAGUGAAUUGAUAUAAGGCAAUUAAAUCAACUUCAAAAAAUAUAAAUAAUGUAUUAUAAAACGAUGAUAUUUAUUAAGUUUUGCUAAAUUAAAAUAUUCUAUAGUUAAUUGAAAGAAAACUCAUCAUUUAUGUAAAUAUCAUUAAAUGAAAUAAGUUUGAGAAGAAAUUAUGAUAUUGUUUUGUUUUUUAGUGCAUUUUAAAGGAAUUAAAAAUUCUUUAAUUUUAUUUAUAACAAUUUUAAAUAUGUUUUGAAUUUAGUUAAUUAUAUUAACUGUUCAUUCAGUAUAUUAUUUUUAUUUUCAAUAUUAUUCUUAAAUCAAAAAUUAUACCAAUGAAAGGUGUUGUUCUUUACGUAUUAAAUUUGGUUUUUGAACAUCUAAUUUGCUGAGUGUCAACAUGUGUUACCAUGUUAAUGGUAAGUAAUGGUAGAAAUAAAUGUACAUUGUAAAUUGAUAUUUUAGGCGUUUUUUACAUAGUAACUAAGAAAAUCAAUUGUAAUUAUUAAAUUUUAUUAAAGAUAUAAUUAAUAAUAAUAUUUUUAUUUCAAAUCAAGUUUUAUUCUUAGAAUUGAUGAUUUUCAUACUAAUGCCGGGCUGCAUGAUAAUCAUUCCGUAAUUAUUAAAUAAUAAUAAUUUAAUAAUUAAAAUUACUAAUUAGUUACACAAUCAUUUUACAAAUUUUUCAAAGAGCAUAAACAUAAUAUGUUUAUAAUAAUAUAUAUUUAAAAUGCGUAUAUUUUGUACAGCAGCUGCUGUUGUCAUGUUCAUAUCAAAUCAAAGUUGUUAUCAGAGACAGAGUUAUGAAUAUAACUAUUAAUAUUGGAAUCUAUUUGCUUAGAGGGAUAUUUUCAAUUUCGUCAUUUUUUUUUUUUUUUAUCAUUUGUUUGAUCUGUGAUUAAAAAUGUUAAUAUUAUGUUACAAUAUGCUAAAAGAAUUGAAAAUUAAUUAAAUUAAUCUUCACUAUCAUUAUUAAUAAUGAAUCAUAAUAUAACGAGUUUUUAAAAUUUACAGAGCCUUAAUUGAAUGGAUCGUUUAAUUAAAAUUUACAGAACAAUUAUGCGACCCAGCAUAAGUUAUAUGUUAAGUUUGAACUAUUUUAUAUUUUUAACACCCAAAUGGCAAUUUAACAAAAGUAAAUGAAAAUUCAUAAAUAAGGUGAAAUGAUAACAGUACAAAUUAUUUUUUAGUUAAUUUAUUAGUUCAAUUUGAGUCAUUAUGGUUCUACACAAAGUUUCAUCUGGAAUACAGAUCAUAUUUUAGACUCUGAGCAAUGAAUGUAUUCGUUAUAUAAUAAUGUUUAUUUUUUUUGUAUACUAUGUACAAAAUUCUACCAGAAAUCUUGCCCCGAUUUUCAGGUUAUUAUUUAAAUUUUGUUCUUUUAUUCUGAUUCAGUUAAAAAUAUUUAAAGAGACUUGAAAUAUAGACAGAAAACUUACAUUUUUUGCCUUUUCUAGAGACAUAGUCAAAUUUUCAAAACAUUAUUAAGCCAUUUUUGUGCUAUUUAUAGACAUUCUAAUAACUGGUUUUUUAUGUAAUAUUUAUUCAGUCUGUACUCUGUAGAUAAAAUUGUUAGACCUAAUAGAAAUGCUUCAAAUUUAAACAGGAAGUUCAUUAUAAAUUGUACUCAAUGGCCAACAAUAAGUUAAAUGUUAUAUAUAUAUUUUUUUUUUAUAUAUAUAUAUAUAUAAGAGUUGUAACAUUAAGUUUUGAUGAAAAUUUUAAAUAUUAUGGCCUUUUAAAACAUGUAUAAUAACCAAACUUCACUUAGAAUCAUUCAUACAAAAAUACAUUAAAUUCUCUUCUACCUUCUCAAUGUCUCUCCUACAGUAGUGGCCUACCCAUUAUGCGAAGUAUGUUCGUCUUUUUUUAGAAUCAAAUUUGUUUUUUUACGCGUAUGGAUUAGAAAAGGAUACAACUAGCAUUUUCUUCUUUUUAUUAUUAGUAUUAUAUCAACAUUACGUUUGAAAUAUAUAUUUCUACAUUUUAGUAACAAAAAUAAAACCGGUAAUUUUCUUGACCAUUGAAAACUGUUUUUUAAAAAAAAUAUCAACUUCAUUUAUAGCUUAAGUAUUAAUCUUGAAACUGGUUUGUUUUUUUUUUUACAUUGUGCAUGAUAAUUUGCACUUAACAUGUGUAUUUAUGGAUAAAUACUUUUUAUUUAACAAAAGUUUUAACUUUUAAAAAAAUUGUAAAAAACGCCUUAAAAUUUAAGGUCUUGUAAUUACUUAAAAACAUGAAGAAUACGUAAAGAACGCCUAAAUACAUUACCAUUUAUUUAAUAUAUAAUUAUUUAACAUUGUUGUUUUAGAUAAUUCUGAUGAUGAAGUUAGGAUGAGUCAAUCAGAGUUAAUAGAGGAAUUGGCUAGAAGAAGCCCUUUAAAUAAUAGAACACCACCAUUUCGAUCUCUAAGAACUUCAGCUCUUGUUUCUGAGGAAGAAUUACGAAUGUUGGGCUUAAACCCAGAAGAAUUACUCAAUAGGACAGAUGAGGAAAAUUUCGAUUUAGGUGAAGAAAUGUUAAUAGCUGCAAAUAAUUACAAUGAUGACGAUGACGAUGACGAUGACGACGAUGAUGAUGAUGAUGAUGAUGAUGAUGAUGAUGAUGAUGUUGAUGAUGAUUAUGAUGAAGAUGAAGAUGACAUUGAUGAUAAUUUAAUUGAGGGUAUCAAUGAAGAAAUGGAUGAGUUCUUUUGGAGAGAAUCUCAUAUGAGGGGUCAGCCCACUGCGAGAUUCCCUUUUGCAACAAUGUUUUCUGUAAAUGGAAUUCGAUCUAAUUUAGCAAAUGAAAACAAUUCUGAUUCAAAUAAUUCAAAUACAGAUGAACCUAAUGGAUCAGGAGAUGGGAGUGGAUCACAAAUUUCGAUUUCAAGAAAUGGAUUAUUUUUAAUGGACAAUGAAAGUGAUGUUAGUGAUGCAGAUGAUGGUGAUAAUAGUGUUCCUAGUACUUCGAGUUCAUCUAGUCCUAUUAGUAAUUCUAGUUCUAUUCCUAGUUCUCCUAAUUUGUCUAUUGAUAUUAGUAGUGAUGAUAAUGAUAAUGUAAAUGGUAUUGACUCACCAAUGGAAAGUGAAGCAAGCAAUAAUUCUUGGGGCACGAAUUUGGAACUUAAUCAAAGUGAUGAAUCGCAUCAAAGUCAUAUUUAUUCUGAAGAUUCUACUAGUAGUUCCCAUAAUAGCAAUGGUAUGGAUAAUUCCAAUGUUGACUUAGAUACCAGUGAUUCUUCUGAGUAAUACUUCAAAUAAAAUAAAAUGUUUACCAAUUAUUUUAAAAUAUAAUGUUAAUAAAAUAUUAUAUAAUCAACUUUUUUUUAUAAUAGAUAUAAAAAACAAUAUUUUAUUGUAUAAAGAGUGCCAAUAUUCAUUAUACUUAUUUUUAUUAUAAAUACAUAUAUGUCUAUUAUUAUAACUCUAGUAAAAUAUCUGUGUUAAGCUAAUUAAAAAAAUAUAUUAUUUAAACUUCAUUAAACAGUUAAUACAAUAAGUUUGAUAAUGUAUAUUUUACUCUGAUGUGCAUUAAGUUUAGUUAUUAUUUUGAUUAGUUAGAAUUGCAAAAAUUAUGAAUGCUAACUAAGUAAAUAAUUAUGCUGUACAAUAUAUAUUUUGGUAAACAAUGGAAAAAUAAUAUUAUUGUUUGAGUAAAACGUAUCAUAUUACUAGACAAUAUUUAUGCAUUAAAUAAAUAGUUAAAUUAAAUUAUAAUGAAUAAAACAAAUGAUAAAUAGAAAAUAUAAUGGUUUUUGAUGUUUUAUUAUUUUAUAUUUUAGGUAUAGUUUUUUUAUUCAUAAUGAAAAGCUAAUUUAAAAAAAAAAUCCAUACAGACCUUAAUCAUAUUAAAUGCUAAAAUCUUAAUAGAUUCUUAUAAAAAUUAAAUUAAAUAUGUAACUGAAGAUUUAAGACUUUUUUUUUUUUUUUUUUUUUGAUUGAAAGAAAUUGUAGAAAACUGUAGACAUUACCGUCUUGCUAUUAAUGAGGAUAUCAGUCUGGUGUUUACUUACCAUUUACAGUCACAUUCAUUCAAUUGCUGUCCUCUAAUUAUUAAAAGUCUAAUAUAAAAACCUAUAUCUUUAUCAGUCCCGUGGUUUCUUUCCUGUUUACAGUCGCAUAAUCCAGUUGCUGUUUAAAUUAGUUUGUUUUGCUUAUCUAAUUUGUUCAAAGGGUAACUAAUAAGUCAAUUUAUUUACUACUACUUGUUAAUUAUGGGGAGUAGAAAUUCUAAAAUAUUUGCAAUUGAGCUUGAAAAGUGCACUAAGUCUGUGUUCAUUGCUUUCAUUCCAAAGAAACCAUUUUUUUAGGAGUAAAAGCGAGUGAUAAUUUAAUGAUGUUGCUUAAUAAUUCCAUUGACUCUUUCAUAGUUCAAACAAUGCCAUGAAUGUAUUUCAUUCUGUUGUCUCUGUGCUUAGAAUUAUUUCUAAAAGUAAUCUGUUGAUUUAUAUGAAACUUAAAAAUAUUAUUACCAGUUGCGACUAUUGUUCUUCUUUGGAAAUUUUGCUGUCAAGCUGAUAAACCUUUGUAUUUGGCAUUGGUGGUUUCUGUAAUGAAUUGAACGAGGACCUUAAACUCUUGAGUUUAAUGUUGGAUCAGAUUAAAAUGCCUCUACUAAUUUAAUUGCUGCAUCCAAUCAGAAUUAUGCUCACUUUUUUGUCUCACGGUUCAGCCCUCAAGCCACCGUUGACCAAUUGAAAUAUAUGAUAACAUCGUAACGCAAUUAGUGAUAAAACCUCCAACAUACGAAUCAUUCUAUAUUCAUAUGUUGUUCAUUAGUUUCAAUGAUCUAGAACAUUUUUUUUGGUCUGAGUGACUCAUUGUUAAGAGAUUCUAGGGUUGUCUUCAACCAGAUAUAAUUUGUAUAUUUAGAAAAUUAAAUUAUAGAUUAUAUCGCUCAGCUUCUAUCAAAACUGAUUUUACACGUUUUUUUUUUUUUUGACUGAUAUACUUUAUGAUAAAUUUUUAAUUCGAAACCGGCAGUAUAAUACACUUAUUUUAAUACUCCAGGAAAUGCAUUUAUUCAUUUAUUUUUUUAUUUUUAUAUAUACAUUUUGUAUUUAAGAUUCCGAGCGUAGCAAGCGAGCUAUUGGUUUUACAAUGCUGUUUAUUUUUUUUUUUUUUUGUUCUAGUCUGUAGACACAUUUUUUCCUAGUAAACUUUCUUCGCUUUUUAUGUGUAACACCUUUUUUGAAAGCUCAAGUUGUCUAGAUUGAACUUAGAGAGGUAAUUUUUUGAUUUUUGACGCCAUUUUUAAAUAAAAGCAUUUAAGUGAGAUAAGUUGAUACACUUAAAAAUCGGAGCAAGUUAAUAGGAAAACGUGUCCACAGCUAGGACAAAGAAGAAAUAAACAGCAUUGUAAAACCAAUAGCUCCGUCGCUACUCUCGGAAUCUAAUAGUUGUAUUUAAUAACUGGUUGUUAUAUUUUUUCAUUUUUAUACCAAAAUAAUUGAAUGUUAAAAUUCAUUAUACAUUACAUACCAAAAUUGAUGUAUUUAGUUGAAAUAAAUAUAGUACUUAAUGAAUAUUGAAAAAAUAAUACAUUUAAUAGAAAAACAAUUCUUGUACUUAUAAUGUAGUUUUAAACAAAUUUAUUUAUGGAUAUGUAUUGAUGAUAAUAAACAGUUUUCUUUUUCAAGUUGGAAUAGAAUCCAGUGAAUAACAUUUCUCGCUUAAGCCACUAACAUGUUCAAUGGGCUAUGCUCGACUAGUUAAAUUAAUUUCCAACAUCUAAAAUACAAAAUAAUGUCCAAAUUAGUUAUUUUCUAAACUCACUACAGAAUAUGGUUACAGAGACAAUUCUUCAUAGAACGCUACAGCUACAAUCACAGUCUAUAUUAUAACAAUAAUAAUAAACAAUUAAUUUCCAAAUGUGCGUUUAUUAGACUGAGACCAGUGGUGCACAGAGGGGAAUCAACCUAACCCCCUCCGAAAUGUCUUCCUCUACUAUAUUUGUUUAAAUCAAGUUUUGCAUUCAACAACAUAAUAUCCUGUAUCAUAAAAUAAAAUAAAUUUUAAUUUCAUCAAAAAUAAUUUAUUCAGUAAUAAUAGUAAUAGUAAUGAUAAUUUGUGAUAUCCUUUCUAGAUAUUUUUACAAUAAAUAAAAGUUAUAUAUGCAUAAUAUUUUAUAUAACGUAAUAUUUCUUUACCGUUGGUUGCCAUUACUAAGUUUCAAGUUUACGUGUAUUUUUAACUGAAUUAUAGUAAAAGAACUCCUAGAAAUUAAAAUUCCUUAAAACUCAAAAGUUUUGGCAAUGAUACCGUACGAAAGUAAAUCAAAAAAGCAACAAAAAAUGUACCUUGUGAUUUUUCGAUUAAAUAAUUUUUUCUGGUAAAAAACCAUGUUUUUAUAAAAUAAUGAAAUCGUGAAUUGUACAUUUUUUCCCACUCAGAUGCUACUAUUUAAAAAAACGGAGUCGAAAAUCAAAAAAUGACGUCUCUAAAGUAUCAUUUAGACAACUUGAGCAUUCAUAAGAGUUGCUACACAUAAAAAUUGGAGCAAGUUUACUAGUAAAAACGUGCCCACAGACUAGAACAAAGAAAUAAACAUCUUAGUAAAACCAAUAGCUCCCUCGCUAUGUUCAGAAUCAUUAAUUACUUUUUUACACACCAACUAGAUUAAAAAUUGAACAAAAAAGGUCUUUUAUUGUUUCUCUAUUGAACAACAAUACUGGUAGCAUAAGUUAUAAAGACUUAAAAUAAAGGAAAAUGUUCGAUAAGUUGUUUACAGAUAGAAAAUAAGUAACUCAUAUCAUAGUAAAACUAUUAGAUCUCUUGUUAUGCUUUGAAUCUCAAAUAUAUUUAUAAUUCUCUCUUUCUCUCUCUCUCUCUUUCUUUAUGGUUUCAACCCGAAGAUUGGUUCGCAACCACGUUUCACUCUUCUCUACAAUCCGUUUUUUUUUAAUUUGCACAUAUGAAUCGCAUUUUUAGCCCAUUAUUAAUUGUUGGGUGUACUCACUCUAGUCUUGGCCUUCCUCUGAUUUUUUCCUUUCAAACAGUAAUUCUUCAAACCGAAUUAUAUGCUCUAACCAUUGAUUCCGUUCUUGUACUAUACUUUUUCAUAGUAUCUUCUGUCCAUCCAGCCAAUUUUCUACAUCCUCCUAUAACUUCACAUUCUAAUGCUUCCACUGAUAUUGUCCAGGUGUCACACCCGUAAAAUACUUCAUAUGUAUAUUUACCAUAGAUUUAUUCUAAUUUUUAAGGCUAAUAUUUUUUUUGCAGCGUUUUCUUACUAUUAAAGGCUAUUUUCGUUAGGCAAAUACAUUUUACUAUUUCACUCUUAUUCAUCAUUACUUAUGGUAUUUCCUAGAUACACAAAUUCAUCUACCUGCCUAAUUUAUUCUUUGAUUUCCUCAUAUCUUUAUUUCAUCUUCUACAUACAAGUAGGUAAUUGUUACUAUGUCAUCGACGAAGCAAAACAUACUUAUUUUUUGGCUGUAAUCCUUAUGCCUAAAUUAGUCUCUUCCUUAAUUUAUUGCUUCAUGGAUUUAUGCAUUGAAUAUAAUUGGGGAUAGUGUGCAUUCUUAUCUGACUCCUCUGUUUAUGUUCGCUUUCUCUAUAUUAUCUUGUAUUCUUAUGAUAGCUGAUUCAUACUUAUGUAAGUUGUACAUAAGUUUCCUAUCUGCAUGAUUUAUCCCCACUCUACUCAUUAUGUUAAACAUUACAGUUAAGUAAACAUUAUAUAAUGCUUUUUUGACAUCAAUAAAAACCAUUAAUGUUUGCAAAUCUUUCCAAAUCCUUUUCUUAAUACCAAUAUAACUUUCCUCAAUCCCACGUUCUUCUUAACCCAAUUUGAUCUUUUAACAGUGACUGUUAUAUCUUGGUAUCAAUAUGUUGGAAUAUUAUCUUAGUUAAUAUUUUUAAGACAUAAGGCUAGGUAUUGGUAUAGAAUUCUUCAUAUUUUUUCUUUCUUUCUUUCUUUUGGAUGGGUAUAAUUAAGCUUUUCCUUAGGCACCUUACCUGUGUCAUAAAUAUCUUUAAUAAUUUAUAUCUAAUAAUUAAUCUCUGAUAAUUUGAAAUAAUUUGUUUCUAGCUAAAAAUGCAAAAUAAAAUUAAUUUAUUCUGAACAUACGAAAUAUGAAACAAAUAUUUAGCCAAUGCUAUAUAUACCAGUGUUUCUCGAACUGUGGGUCGUGAUCCACUAAUGACUCCCUAGUCAAUUUUUAAUGGGUCGUGAAAAUUGUUUUGAAUUAUAUAGACCCCAAAAAAUGUAUUGGUUUUACAAUAAUGUUUUUUUUAUUAUUAUUAUUUGUUUUAUCUGUUUCUACCAGCAAUUUUGCUCCGAUUUUAAAGCAUAGCACUUUUUCUGAAAGGAAAUCUGAUUAGGUUGGUAUUUUUUUGAUUUUCCUAGCUGUUUUUAUAAACCACUAUGAAAAGUAAAACCAUGUGGAUCACGAUAGAUUUUCAUAGAAAAAUUUGGGUUAUGGUUCUAAAAAGAUUGAGAACCACUGCUAUAUACUGUAUAGGAUAAAGGGAAAAAUAAAUGUAAGUCAUCAACAUUUUAUAUUAUUACGUGUGAUAUUUUAAACAAAAAUGUUCCCUCCAAAUUGGAUUUUAGUAAUAAUAUUAAUAUUUAUUCAGUUUUUUCACUCUUAAAAAUUGGUAUAAUGUAGAUAAUGUUAUUAGUGUAGUGAUAUUUGAUAAUUAUGAGACUCAAUAUAAUGAAAAUUAAAUUAAUCAGUUUAGAAAUCAUUAUUUAAUCAAAUGAACACGCUAUAGAGUAUAAUUUGUUUUUAGAAAUGAGAUACAAAAAGUUUCUGUAGGUCUAGUUUAAAAUUAAGGACAUAAAAAUGUAUAUGACUUAUUAACUUUAGGCAGUUAAUAAAAUCAUUAACCAUUUUAUUUAAUAACUUCAAAUCAUUAGUAUGUUUCCUGGCAGCUAGACUGCUCAAAUUCAAUAAUUUCAGUUCAAUUUACAUUGUGAGUAAGGUUCACAUGAAAUACUUAACACAUUUUAUUUUAUAUAAAGAAAAGAAAUUGAUUUUCGAUAAACUCAAAGAUUUAUUUAAGAAAAUUGGUAGAAGAUUCCCAGUGUAUUGAUUUAUAUUCUAGAUUAAAACACAUUAGUAUAAAUAUAAUAUUUUAAGAUAUCAGGGCUUAUUAAAUUUGUAUAGAUUUUAUUAAUAACGUGCCUAAAAGUGUAGACUAGACCAGGGCAAGCUAUACUAAUAAGACAGUACCUCACUCCUGAUCUGGUGGACUGUAUUAGAAGAGAAAAAAAAGUCUUAUUAAUGGAUCCUGGUGUAGAUCAUAAUUUAUUUGAAAUAUUUAAAUAAUGCUUAUUAAAAAAGGUAGUUUAAAGUUAAAAUAAUUAACUGUUAACCAUUUUAAUAAUUUUUGUUUUUACUUUAUUAUUUUAAAUAAUAAACCUAUAGUUUAUAAAAAAAAAAACAUAUUGAUCAAAAAGUAAAAACUCAUAUUAGAAUUAUUGUAAAUUGAAUAACUUUUUAUAAUUAUUGAUUCUCUGUAAUUCAGCAGUUAAUAUAAGAAUAUAUUUAUUUUACAGUUUGUUAUUGUGGUCAAUCACAACGGCAGGUACGAUGUACACAAGAAAAUGCCUUGGUGGUAUACUAUAACUGCGAAAAACUUUGCAACAAAAAACUAGUUUGUGGAAAUCAUUCAUGUCAAAAAUCCUGUCACAGUGGUGAAUGUGAACCUUGUAUAGCAUUAGACAUUAAAUAUUGUCCUUGUGGAAAAAGAACAUUGACACAGGAUGAACUUGCCAACCGCACAUUAUGUACUUUACCAAUUCCCACAUGUGAUGAAAUAUGUGGAAAACCUUUAGAAUGCGGUCCACCUGGUUUGUUAACUAUUAUUAAUAUAUUUCUAAUUUUGUUGUUUAUUAAUUGAGUUUUUUUAAACAGAAAGUCCACAUAUAUGUGAAAAAAAAUGUCAUGAGGGUCCGUGUGCUCGCUGUGAAUUAAAAACAAAAUAUGUGUGUAAAUGUGGAAACAAAUCAAAGGAAAUAAAAUGUAAUUCUGUGACUAAUGAAUUAACAUGUAAAAGGAAAUGUAACAAGGUAAAAUAUUGAGAUUAAAUAUUAUGAGUUGUAGAUUAUAACAAUAUUUAUUUGUGGUUCGUAGACAAUGUCUUGUGGUAAACAUAGGUGCAUUGUAAUGUGUUGUAAUGCACCAAGUCAUGAGUGCAAUAGAUUUUGUAAUGGACUCUUAAAUUGCCGUCAACAUCGUUGUGAUCGUAUUUGUCAUCCAGGUAGCUGCGCUGUGUGCGUUGAAGCUAGUAAGUACAACUAUAUAAGUACAUAGUUUAUAAAUAAUUUGUUUCAAUAAAAAUAUAAAAUCUUAAACUACUGAUUAUCAUGGUAUAUUUUUCUUAAUUUUUAGAUAUAAUUUUCUCUUAUAUUAAUAUAAUUAUUUUGAUUCAGUUAUUUAAAUUGUUAUUACUAGGGCUCAGGAAUUAUUCUACUUAAAAACAUUAAAAAAGCAAAAGCAGUAAAACUGUAGAAGGAUUUAAAAGUUCCUCCUCGAACGAUUUUUACUUAGUAAAUUUCCUUACACUAUAUAAAUUAUUAACUAAAGUUAUUUUUUUUUAUAGUAAGUAUAAUUUUAUUUAAAUAAAUUUACUUUUGGGGGGCCUUUAUAGGGUCUUAAAUUCCUUAGACCAUAUUUUCUUAAAAUAUUUUUUUGAAGUGCUUUUUUGACUUUUUUAAGCGGAAUAAAUCCCGAGCUCUAGUGAAUACAUUUUUCUUUUAAGUGAUUCUUUUUUAGAAAUAGUGAAAAUUUCAAAAUUAAUAAUAAUAAAAUCACAAUUUAUUACAUUAAGGUUUAAUAAAAAUAAAUUUAAUACAAUUAUCUCCCAAGUGUUCUAUUUGGAAAGUAGUGUUUUUUUCUUUGUGAACCAAAAUUUACAUACAUUUUCCAAAAUUGUAUUUAUAAUAAUUGAUAUGUGUGAAUUAAACUGUUUUUGUUGAAGUGAUGCAUAUGCAAAGCUAUAUGUUAACAUUUAUUGUUAACUAAUUUAUUCUGAUGACUUAUGUUGGUCAACAUGUAUAUAAAUUAUAAAAAUGUAACAUAUUUCUAUAGAAACUAUUUUCUUUUAAAAUUAAUGGGUUAAAUUAAUUUUAAUAGGUUUUGAAGAUCUGUAUUGUAGAUGUGGCAACAGUUCUAUUGCUCCUCCAGUCAGGUGUGGUACUCGUCGUCCACUAUGUAUAUUACCUUGUUCACGUGAACAUGAAUGUGAUCAUCCAGCAACUCAUAUUUGUCACGAUGAAGAAGAAUGCCCUCCUUGCAUAUAUCUUACUGAAAAAUUAUGUUAUGGUGGUCAUGAGGUAAUUCAAUGCAACACAUAUUAAACACUAUACAGUGUUUUUAGUAAAUUUGUUAUUUGUAUUAUAUUUAGUUACGUUUUGCUAUACCAUGUCACAUAAAAAAUGUAUCAUGUGGAAUGCCGUGUGGCUAUCCACUACCAUGUAAACGCCAUACGUGUGUAAAACCAUGCCAUCCACUGCCUUGUAAUACAGGGCCGUGUAACUUACCAUGUGAAUUGCUAAAACCAGAUUGCGGACAUCCAUGUUCCAAACCUUGUCAUGACGGUCCAUGUCCUCAGAGAGCAUGUAAAACAAUGGUAAAACUCAUUAGCUUCACAAUAAAAAUAUAUAUAUAUAUAUAUGUGUGUGUAAUGUGUGAUUAUUCUUUGUAGGUAAAUGUCAGUUGUAUUUGUGGGAAUUUGACAGAAGCAAGAUUAUGUUCAGACACUAAAGUAAUUGAAUAUCGGCUAAACCUUAAAACACAAUCAAUGAGUCUCCUAGAUAAUAUUAUUGACUCACCGCCGACCAUAAAAUCAUAUAAGAUGUAAGUUUAUAUAUUAGUUUAGAUAACUAUACUUUUAAAAAAUUCUUCCUUGUAUAUUUAUUUGAAAUAGUAUUGUAUCAAUCAAACCAGUGUUAAUCUGGUUUGAUAAUAUAAUUAUUAGAAAAUAUUAAAUCUAUGUUUAUUAUUAAUUUUUAGUCUGGAAUGUACAACAGAAUGUGCUAAACUUGAAAGAAACAGACGCAUAGCCCUAGCAUUACAAAUUCGUAACCCAGAUUUAUCACCUAAUGUUACUCCACGAUAUUCUGACUUUAUGAAAGAAUUUGCAAAAAAGGACCCUCCAUUUUGUAAUUAUGUGCACGAAAAACUUGCUGAACUUGUUACUAAUGCAAAACAAGUGUGUAAUUAUAAUUAAAUUAACUAUAAAUAAAUAAAAUUAUAUAUCAUUGUUUAUUAUUUUUUUUUUUUUUUGAUUAGUCCAAACAAAAUUCACGAAGUCAUUCAUUUGAAGUGAUGAAGUACGAAAAACGAAAAUUGGUUCAUGAGUACUGUGAACAUUUUGGUUGUGAGUCAGUAGCUUAUGAUGCUGAGCCUCAUAGGAAUGUUGUAGCUGUAGCUCUAAAGGAAAAAGUAAUUAUCUUUUACAUUUUACUUUAUUAAUUAAUUUAUACAUUUUUGGCAAAGCUGGACAGUUUUGUCUGGACUUGCUAUAAAGUUUUGUUACUUUUUUAGAUACCUUUUAACUGAACUAGUUUUUUUUUUUACAAAAAAAUAGAAUGUUAGAAAAUAAGUUAGUUAUUUGUUAAAAUUUCAGUUUUUAUUUAUUAUACUAUACCUAAUAAAGUUAACAUAUUGUAAGUUUAACAUAACUAGUUAUUUACGAUUCAAUUAGUAGAUUAUAUGUUUAUGUGUAGAUAAGGGAAAUUUAAAAAAAGUAACUUUUAUAAGUUCUCACUUUCAUGAAGAAUUUUACUUAUUUUUUUUAAGAUAAUUAAUAUUGCCUAUUAAUCACUUAUUAUAAUUGUUUUAGUCUUGGCUUCCAAAUUAUAGUGUGGUUGAAGUUCUUCAACGUGAAAAUGGAUGCCCACGAGUUAACCCAUUUGCAAGUAUAAAAAACCGUAACACUAUAAUUUUAAAUAAAAAAUUGUAA